AUGUCUCAACUACCUGACCACCUUGCCCGCUUCCAAAAAAUCAAUUCACUCGUUCUUGACGAUAUUCUCGGCGUUGAUGAUCUGCUCUGCAUGGAAGAGCAUGUACCCAACCAGGAGAGGUUGAGGAAAGCUCAGAUGCGGGUAUAUGUGCGGCUUCAGCAGAGUCAAGGGAGGCCUUCAGUUCCGCUUGACAGGAAGGUUAGGGAGGAGAAGGCAUACAUCAAGGAUGCCGAGACCCACUCUAUCAACUAUGGAAAUGAAUCAAAAAGUGCAUCAUAUACUCACGUAAAACUUUGGUCUGAAAUAAAUCAUCGAAAAUGUGUUUAUUAA